AUGGACGCAGACGCUGCAAAGCAUUGGUCGUUGUAUUGGCUAUUUCUCCCUGAUGAGAACAGGCGCGUCACCGUGCCCUUCGUUGGAGACUCAGCGAAGGCUUUUUCGUGCAUGUCGAGAAUGUGUCAAAAGAGAGCGCCAGACAGCGUCUUGCAUAGGCCAGGCAAGUUGUCCGUCAAGGACGCGAGAAAGAUGCAGCCUUCACUGAGCAUAUCCAACGAGACGCUAAGAAAAUGGUUGCUGUUGGUUAUGGACGGCGUCCUGCGGUGUCUUCUCCCUGGACUAUCAUCGCCUCCGGGACACAACCUUCCCAGUGCAGCAGAGAAAAGUGACUCAAAGGCAUUCGACGUUCCAGAGGGGAUCCGAGGAGCCUUCCCCCUUAUUGGUGGCAUGGACUCUAUGAUAAUAUUUGGGGAGUACGUCAGACUGAGUCGUGCCAAUGCCGAGUAA